AGUUGAUUAAACAGGAAUGGCGAUGUUGAAGAACAUUCUUCAUGUUCCCAACGGUAUGUGGUCGAUCAUCCUGACUUGGUACAAAGGAAUAUCUGAUGAUAACAAUGUUGAGGAUUCUGAAUCCUCAAUUCAGGAGGAAAUGGAUAUUGAAUCCGGUCUUCCCUCCGUGUCAGCAACGCCAAAUCAUCGUCAGGUCCGCGACCGCCGUCCUAUUAUCAGCGCAUCACGAUCACCGCAUCAAUCUUCGCCUGGCUCAAAUAUAAAUGGUAUUCAAAAGGCUACACCGCAAGGAAAACUGGAUGUGAUGGCUCAAAAUUUCAAAUCAUCGAAAAUUCGGAAGGUAAUGAUUCCAGUCCAAUUUGCACUGAUAGGAAUCGUGUUCAACCCUUUGGCCCCAAUUUCUUCAAUCCUGAGGACCCUGCUAAUUUUUGCUCUCCCGUUAGGCUUCACGGCUACUAUGAUUGGAUUAAUCAUGCCUGACACUUUAUGCAGAGCUAUAGUUGAACAGAUUGGAGUUGUUUCGAUAUUUUUCGCAUUCUAUGGAUUGCAGAGCCAGUUUUUUCCAGGUUACUGGAAAUUCAUCUCUGGGGGUUGUUUUGUGGUGUCUGUCACAGGCUUUUAUUUUUACUUAUCAACCCCCUGGAAUUAGAACGAGAUAUAUAUAUUAUGAGUUAUGAUACAUUUCGCGAAAAAUUUAGGUGAAUUUUUCACUUUAUGUAUCACAACCCAUAAUUUGUUUGUUCGGUAGCAUAUGGGAAUACUAUAUUUGUUUUAAGAAUAAUGAUGUACUGAAAGAUCCUUGCCACUAAACACGAAUUGUACUUGAGAAUGUGAUUGCAGAUUUCGCAAAUGGGGUUCCAGCUCCAGGGUUUUGGGGUCUUCAUCAACUUUCAUGGCUGUAAAAGGAAAUUUCUUGUCUGUGUUUAUUCUCUCUGUUUCAAAAUGAUUUUCUAAUUUGGAUUUUCAGUUUUAGUACAAUUUGAACUAAAAAUGAAAAUCUAAUCUUGACAAUUAUUUGGAAGCAAAGAGAAUAUAUCAAGUUCUUGUAAUACGUACAGUUUGCUCUUGUCUACGUCUAAUUAUGGGCAUGGGACUAUAUAGACUUGAUUGAUAGACAAAUUUUGUAAAAUAUAUAUAGUCCCCGGGAGAAAUUAGGGCUUAGGCCUUUCCUUCACUAAUGUAACCUAUAUUUGUCGUGAUGUUAUUAAAAAACGUUGUGUUUUAUGUGUUUCCUUCAAAGAAUUUAUUUGAAAGUGA